AUGGACUACUCGACGAUCCAGCAAGACGAAGUCGAAGCGCUUGAAGCCAUCUUUGACGCCCCCGCGACAACCUCCGACGACGGCGUCGUGACGCUUGCACUGCCAUCAGUCGGCACGUUUGCGUUUGCCCGCUCUCCGACAUACCCGAUUGACAAGGCGUGCCCGCGCAUCUUGAUUUCGCGUCUGCACGACAAGUACGCUACGCUAGCGCGCAUGCCGGAGGUCAUCGCUGCCAUGGAGGCGGCAGGUGCCGCGGCUGUCGCCCACGGCCAAGUGUGUCUCUUUGAGAUGGUCGACGCUGGCAUCGCCGCGCUUCGUGCCCAGCGCGACGCUGCCAAGGAAAACAAACCGCCGCCACCAGCGCUCUCGCGACGGUCGUCCAGUAACAACAGCAAGCCGCCUGCGCCCGACAAGCCGAAGAAAAAGGCGCCCGCAGCGACGUCGCCGAAAGCCGAGAAGAAGUCGAUGCGCACAGCGACAGACGUCAUACACCGCAUCAUGUGGGACGAUAGCAUCACGCAAACCGAAGUCAUUGUCGGGUACCUCGAUCGCUUCAUUGGCACGGUCGAGCGCAACUUUGCAGCGUUCAACUGGGCCGACAUUUCGACCUUGUCGCAGAACGAGACGGCAAUCCCGCAGCACCGGAUCCAGUACUUUAGAUGGCGCGACGAGAUCAUCUGGGACAAGCGCGUGCGCCUCGACCGCGUCUUUGGCUCGUCUGGCCACGACGUGAUUGCGUUCUCGCCGUCAACGGCCGCCCCUGCACCGUUGUCUGCCGUCGCCGCCGAGAGGCCGGCCAAUGUCACGUUCCACGCCAACACGGAUCGCCCAAACACCUUUUUGUGCUUUCGUAUCACGGACACCGCCGUUGUCGACACCUGCAAGCACGCGCAAGCCGCGAUCGUUCGCGGCGACCCGCGACUAGCACCGUCGGCGCUCGCACCGGCACGCUUUCACUGUACACUGCUGCUGAUGCGCCUCAAGUCGCUCCACGAGAUUGCCGUCGCCCAGCGCGUUUUGGCCGAGUGCCAGGGUUUACUGCACACGCUGUGCGCCUCCAGCGUCCGCAUCGACGGCGUCAGUGCUUUUGGCAACCGCGUCGUCUACGCCAAAGUGGCGCCGCACGACGGGCUCUUGACGCUCGUGGCGACGCUGAAGGCGCGGUUCGCAGCCGCCGGAAUUUCGCUCGUCGGCAACCACGACGUGUACCAGCCGCACGUGACGCUGUGCAAGCUCUCGCGGGACCUCAGUCGCUCCGUGGCGACGAUCGAUGCGCGGUCGUACGCGGCGUACGCGUCGCACGACUUUGGGUCGCAGGCGAUCGCCGGCAUGCACCUCUGCGCCAUGGGUAACAACGGCUACGUAGCGCCCGACGGAUUCUACCAGCAGAUCGUGCCGCCCAUCGCCAAUGUUGCACUGACGAUCACGGCGCCAUGUGAGCCGUACAGUAUCGUCACGACGAAGCUCGCUUACGUGUCCUCGACGACUUCGCCUCUGGUGUCCUCGCCUGCGGACGUGGCGUAUGCAGCGAUUUUUCUGGACAAGACGUCGCAACAGCGUCUUCUGAGCGCGCUGCCGCCAGUGCACGCCAAAGUGCUCUGCGACCACGUGACGGUCGCGUAUGCCCCGAGUGUCGACGUCCUCUCGGCGCUGCACCUCGGAACGACAGUCAAGCUGCUCGUGACGGGCGACGUCUGUGACGCCGAGACGCAAGCUGUGCGCGUCCAGUGCCCAGACGUUGGUGCGUGGACCAACGGCCCGCACCCGCACAUUACGAUCUCGAUUGCGCCGCAUGGUGCCGCCAAGAACAGCGCUCGCCUCUUGGCGUCGAUGGCCGUCAACAAGUGGCAGACGCCGCUUGCGCUCUCGGGCGCGGUGGGCCUCCGCGUUGGAUCGUUCUCGCUGACGACGUUUGCGGCCUGCGCAGAGGUCCUCGCACCAGUUGCCACGGACGCGUCGUCGACGUAUGCGCUCAAGUCCCCUGCUGUCACGUCCGUGCACGUGUUUGAUUUUGACUUGACGCUUGUGCGUGCCCCGGUGCGCCACCACGGCGAGUCGGUCUUGACGCCGUCCGAAGUCGCGUCGAUCGGGCCCGACUGGUACAAGUCGCCCAUGAGCUUGCACCCGCGGCAGAAGCUGUUGCCGCUGCCCGCGCUCUCGCACAUGAAGGACGUGCUCGGUGCAACGACGUCGACCGGGAUCUUGCUCACGGCGCGCCUCGAGCCGCUGCGCGACGCCGUGCUCCGGGUGCUCGACACGUUUGGUGUCACGCCGGACGCCGCCUUUUUCAAGCCGCUCUCGCAGCACCAGGUCCUUCAUGGCGACACGGUCGCGCUCCGGGCCGCCGAGAACGCGGCGUACAAGAUCA